AUGGACAUCAAUGGUGACAAUCAGUUACUUAAUUCUCCGAAAGCACACACACUGUCACCAAUGCAUCCAAUAUUUGAGUUCAAUGCAAAUGACAGAACUAAUGGCAAAUCAUUCAAUCAGGCAAUCAAUAGUUAUCACAUCAAUGAGGGUCGACACCAAUGGAAUCGUAUACGUAAGGGUCGACCGUCCAGUCAACACGUUUUCAAUGGUUUUCCAUAUGAACCUCAUUUCAAUGCAAUGCCUUCACAACAGCCUAUAUUGAGAUAUGCAAACUCUCCACCAGUUAUGUCACCCAAAGGUAAAUCAAACUGGAGUAACACAUCAAAGCCCGUAUAUGAGAGUCGCCAAUGGCAUCACCAGAGAGGAUGGCAUUAUGUCGACCACAUCGACGAUGAGCCGCCAACGCACCGAACCAAGUGCUGUACCGAUUGGUCUGAAUUAAUCAAUCAUUUGAAUGCCUGCACUGAUGCCAUCAGGAAUGACCUAAAAGGCAUUAAACAAAGUAUUGACAAUUCAAAUGACAAACUUAUUGAUACUAUUAAAGAGUGUAACUCUCAACUCAAUAAAACAUUCAUUGAUAUUAUCAAACAUUCUGACAUUAUUAAUACAAUAGCAGAGUUUUUAUCAAAAGUGAUAUUAUUUGCAAUUUGGAUAUAUUUAUCGUGGAAUUUGAGUCAAUCUCUUUGGAGAUUAAAAUUUAUACCCAAAAGAUGUGUUAAUCCUAAAGGAAAGGCAGUCCUCAUCACAGGAUGUGAUACUGGGUUUGGCAAUAAAUUGGCGCAACGUUUAGCUUACGAAGGCUAUCAUGUAUUUGCUGGUUGUUUAAUACCAAAUAGCAGUGGAGCUCAGCAUUUAAAAAAACAAUUUGAAGACAAUAUAACUAUUGUAUCGCUAGAUGUAACUAAAGAUGAAAGUGUAUUGGUUGCCAAAAAUUUAAUUCAAAAAUCAUUGAAUACUAAAGAACUAUGGGCUAUAGUUAACAACGCGGGUGUAUUGUCUUCAUAUGAAGUAGAAUUUGGAGAUAUGUCUUCAUUUGUGUGCCAAAUGGAUGUAAACUGUUUGGGAACAGUUAGGGUGACGAAAGCAUUUGUACCACUUUUGCGCCACUGUAGAGGUCGUGUGAUUAAUAUGGCGAGUCUUGCCGGAAGGUUUGCCAUCCCAGGUAUGGUUGGCUAUUGUAUGUCUAAAAGUGGUGUCAUAUCAUUCUCUGAUGGAUUAAGACGUGAAAUGAAAAAAUGGGGAAUUGAUGUCAUUUGCAUUGAACCCCAUCUGUUUAGAACUAAUUUAGUUAAUGGAGUCAAUCAUAACAAUGCUUUAGUGAAGGCAUGGCAACAGACACCUCAAGAAAUACGAGAAGCUUAUGGCGAGUCUUACUUUCAGGGAUAUCAAGCAUUGCUUAAUAAGGCAUUAGAAACGGCCAGACCUGGUGUUGACAGUGUAGUCAAUACUAUGUUUAAUGCAGUCACACAUCAUUCAGUAUCAGCUAAUUAUCGAGUUUUAGGACAUUUUGAAAGAUUAAGAGUUUGGAUGUUUGAAUACUUGUGGCCCAUUAGAGCUCUCGAUUACAUCUCAUAUAUCGGUUGUAUUUGGGCCACAGGUUUGCCUCAAUUGAUUAAAAUCAGUAUUUCAAAAUAUUCAAUGAAAUGACAUUACACUGUACAUCGGUAA